UUAUAUUUAACAUGAUUUCUAAUGCAAGUAUAUAUGAAAUGUAAAUUAUUGUUAAAAAAUCUUUCAAUGGAUUUACAAGAUCUUAUUGCAAAAAAGAAAUUAUCAUUAAAAUCGUGUAAAACAGUGAUAACAGAUCCACUUGGUAACAAGUACGAGAUUGAACAUGGUCAAAUUAAGGAAUUGGAGAAAAGCUUACCGUUUGUAGUAGACGAAAGACCAGACUUGCAUGUCGCCUAUAUAAUACCAGGUUUAUAUCUUAGCUCUCAAGAUCCAGCGGUUUGCAAAGAUAUAUUAAAAAAAUACGAAAUACGACAUAUUUUAAGCAUAGGCGUUAACAUUUCCGAAAGAUUCGACGAUAUUCAGUAUCAUACCUGUGACUUGUUAGACUUGCCAGAAUCGAACAUAAUACCGUUGCUAAAAAGGUGCGUCGAUAUUAUACACGCGACUCGUAAAGAAAAUAUCCUUGUGCAUUGCAACGCUGGUGUCUCUCGCUCUCCUGCUAUUGUUAUCGCUUAUUUGAUGAUUCAUAUAAAAUUAUCAUAUGAUGAAGCUUACAACAAAGUAAAAGAAGCGAGAAGUUGCAUUAGACCUAAUGAUGGAUUUAUAAAACAAUUACGUAGUAUGGAAAAUAGAACUUUUGUUAAUGAGUUGUCAUAAUGUUCUAAUAUAUCUAUAUUAAAGACAACUUAUACAAAUAUUUAUAUAACGUAGAAUACA